AUGCCUCACGCCGAUGCCUCAUACUUUUUCCCAGGCUCUUCCAAGGCCGACAUCUACGAGCAGGUGCUCGACCAAACAAAAGGCCUUUGCUCAGGUCAACGCAAUUGGGUCAGCAACCUCUCCAACGUCUCCUCCCUCCUCUGGCACGCCUACGCCGCCCUCCCAGCCCCCUCCUCCUCCGUCAACUGGGCCGGCUUCUACAUCCGCGAUGACAAGUUCCCCGCCCUCGCCUCGCCCAUUUCCUCGCCUCCCCUUUCCGGCGCAGACGGCGUCUCCGGCGUAACAAUCUCAACCACAUAUGCCUCACCGGAAAACCAGGUCCUCCUUCUAGGCCCCUUCCACGGCAAGCCGGCCUGCCAACAGAUUAGCUUUGGAAAGGGUGUGUGCGGUACAGCCGCCGCGAACCAGGAAACUCUCAUUGUGCCCGACGUCCUCAAGUUCCCUGGACACAUUGCAUGCGACGCGGAGAGCCGGAGUGAGGUUGUUGUGCCGAUUGUUAUUCGGGGAGAGACUGUUGCCAUUAUUGAUAUCGACUGCACUGAGCCUAAUGGCUUUGAUGACGAGGAUAAGAAAUACCUUGAGGCUCUUGCUGAGAUCUUGGCUACGAGCUGUGAUUGGUAG